AUGUCUCGCAAUUCGCCCAAUUCCGCCUCGCCAGCGCACCACGUUGGCGUUGUCGGUGCCGCUGCUCGAUUCUGGCAGCGCUCCUAUGCCGCCGACUACGUUACGCUGGGGUUUCUGACGGCCGCGUGGUUACUGGUCCAGCUUAUAGACCCGUUCCACCGCAUGAUAUCCCUCGACAACCGCGCCAUUCAGUACCCAUACGCUACGCAUGAGCGAGUGCCUAUGCCAUGGGCAAUCAUCUACGCCGGCAUUAUUCCCUUCGCGAUCCUCCUUGCCUGGUCGGCCAUGUUCCGCCCCGGAGUCCAACAAACUCAAGCCACGGUUCUCGGACUUGGUGUUUCUUUGAUUUUGACAUCACUCCUGACGGAUCUGAUCAAGAACGCGGUAGGCAGGCCGCGGCCUGAUCUGCUUGCGCGCUGCCAGCCUGCCCGAGGCACUGCCGACGCCGCGCUAGUACCGUGGACCAUCUGCACACAACCCAACCAUGGACUCCUGCAUGAAGGGUUUCGGAGUUUCCCGAGUGGACAUAGUAGCUUCUCGUUCAGUGGAUUGGGCUAUUUAUCGCUCUUCUUUUGCGGCCAGAUGCAUAUCUUCCGUCCUCGAGCCGAUCUGGGCCGGUGUCUACUGGCUCUGACGCCGCUUUUUUGUGCGUUGAUGAUUGCCAUUUCCCGUCUGGACGACUACCGACACGAUGUUUGGGAUGUGACAUCCGGCUCGAUCCUGGGCCUGGCAGUGUGCUGGUUCUCUUACCGUCGCUAUUACCCGGCCCUGGCGUCUGUGCGCUGCGACAUUCCCUACGACAAGACGGAUUUUGUCGGCGCGGAUGGCUUUGGCAAGCUGGAUGACGAGGAACAAGCCCAGUCCCGGCCAUUCAUUCCUCGGGAUGGACCAUCCGACGAGGUUUAUCGGCUCCAGGACACAGGAGAAGUACGAGAAGAUUACUCGUCAUAG